AUGUUCAGGAAAGCAAAAAGGAAAGAGGAAAGACUUUAUGGGUUCUCCCACUCAGCGUUUACCUUUGGUAUAGAGAGUCACAUCAGCCAGUCCAACAUCAAUGGUGCUCUGGUUCCCCCUGCUGCCCUCAUCAGCAUCAUCCAGAAGGGUCUGCAGUAUGUUGAGGCUGAAGUUAGCAUCAAUGAGGAUGGAACGUUAUUUGACGGGCGGCCCAUAGAGUCUCUGUCCCUAAUUGACGCGGUGAUGCCGGACGUCGUUCAGACGAGGCAGCAGGCCUAUCGAGACAAAAUGGCCCAGCAGCAGGCGGCUGCUUCGGCUCCAGCAUCAGCCACUGGAGGGAGCAUCACCGGCAACGCCAAGAAUGGAGAGAAUACUGCCAACGGGGAGGAGAACAGAGCCCAUGCCUUAGCAAUGCGCAAGGCAAACCUGAAGGUGCACAAAGCAGACAGACGCUGUGAGCAGGUCUUCAAGGGUCUGAGAACACAGAGCAGAGAAUUAGAGAGCGGAGCGUCGUUUGACUCCAGAGUUCGUCUUUGGGAUGUGGAGAGAGGCAUCUGUAUCCACAGGCUGACUAAACACCAAAUAGGAGACAGAAAAAUACACGUUAUUACUUUGGGCAGGUACGACUAUUCUGAAGAUGAAAGCUUAGCUAAGCCAGCUAGCUUAGCAUAG